AUGUCCAACACUAGCACUCACGGAUACGGAUACGACUUUCCCGAGACUCCCCCAAACCCCACCACUGGCAGGAUUGCGGUAGCGCCUGUCCACCAUGAACCCCCGCCACCAGCCACGGUGCAGCAACUCUCCCGUUUCGGUCCCCGCUGGAACAUUCGGGAUGUGUGCCAGCAGAUCGCUCAAUACACGCUAGAAAUGGGUAUUGUCGAAGGCACAACGGACGAGUGGCAGCGGACUCAGGACCCCGAGGCCGAUUUCACCUUCCACUGCGCCCUUGACAUCAUGGCUGCAUCACUUUUCCGCGCAAAGCAACUCGUCCUCCGCCAUCGCCGCGGUUUCAGUGAGGCCGAGUCGAUCCUGAUCGGAAAGGAAAUCAAGAAUGUCGACUGGGGCAUGACGCACUUGCUCUACAGCUUCGUCGCCAUCAGGCACUUGGAAACGCCCACCAUGGCCUGGAACGUCGGCACCGGCAUCGAGAGGCACUGGUUCCUCUUCAAGACCUUCCAAGCUGCUCUCGAGGGCAAGCUCGUCGGCGAGGGCAAGGAGGAGGCCGACAAGUACUUUGCCAAGACGAACAAGUACUUUGAGGAGGUUAUUAUUCUGUUCAAGGGACCGCCAGGCAGCAAGAGGCCCGAGGAGGAUCCUACACUUGGAAGCUUUGCUGAGAUCAACGAGCCUCUUCCUGCUGGCUCUGCUGCCGCCCAGCCUGCGGAGGCCGAGAAGGUUGCAAGCUAG